UUGUAAAAUGCUGUUUGCUUCUAAUAAUAUACUUUUACCAGUUACAUAUAUUGAAACCAUCAUGUAGUUUUAUUCUCAGAACGCAAAAUUACUCAGUUGGAAGUUUCUUUAGUCGUGUUAUUAAUAAAGCAAAAACUAGAAAAGAUAAUGGAUCAUUUAAACACGUUAGGCCUGGAAAUGUCAGCGAAUUAAGACAUGUGCCAAGUUAUAUAAACAGACCUCAAUAUGUAAUUCAACAAAAACAUAUACCAGGACCUCAGCAGCCAGAAAUUAAGACCCACUGAUCAAAUUGCAUCGAUGAAAGAAUCUUGUAAACUUGCAAGAAUGAUUCUGAAUGUUAUAGGAGAAAAUAUAAAAAUUGGGCGAACAACUGAUUUUCUAGAUUCUAUAGCACAUGAUAUAUGCUUAUCAAAUGGGGCUUAUCCAUCUCCAUUAUUAUAUAUGGAUUAUCCUAAAUCCAUUUGUACUUCGGUAAAUAAUGUUGCUUGUCAUGGAAUUCCAGAUGACCGGCCUUUGGAAGAUGGUGACAUUAUAAAUGUUGAUGUUACAGUGUUCCUGAAUGGUUAUCAUGGUGAUUGUUCUGAAACAUUUUUAGUUGGCAAUGUGGAUGAAGCGGGGAGAUAUUUAGUAUCAAGCACCAAAGAAUGUUUAAAGGAGGCAAUAAGUAUUUGUCAACCUGGUGUCAAAUUUAGUCAAAUCGGUCAAGUAGUAGAAAACUUUGCUAAAUCUCAUGAACUAACGGUUUGCCCAGCAUUUUUGGGACAUGGGAUAGGCCAAUAUUUCCAUGGUGCUCCAGACAUAUUCCACUGUCGUAAUUCAUAUCCUGGCACAAUGGAACCAGGUAUGACGUUUACUAUAGAGCCAGUAUUAUCACUCGGAUCAUCUGGAUUUAUAGAAAUUUUAGAUGACGGCUGGACUGCAAUCACAGAGGACAAUUCAAGAACUGCACAAGAGGAACAUACUGUACUAAUAACAGAUAAAGGAUGCGAAAUUUUAACACUAUAA